GGUUUUUGGUUUCAAACAUCCCUCUCUUCUUAAUAGGAAUUCAGUCAAUUUUUCUGCAAAUAUAACUUCAAUUUGAUCUGGGUAUCCAAUGAAUUCUGUGUAUUACAAAGAACAUUAUGAUGGAAUUGCUUCAAAUCCUGUGGGUUCACUGUCAUCUGGUUCGGGUCCUUGGUGGAGUGGACUUGUGACCCGACCCACUUAUGAAGAAUCAAUGGUCAGAAUGAAGCCUUCAUCAAUGGAAGACAUUGGAGAACAACUCAUGCCUAUUAUUUCCCCUAAACCCAUGGCUAAAGGGAAUAUGACUCAUUUCAAUAUCUUUUCUGGUGAGUGCAAGAGUUCAUCAAAUGGCCAAAAACCAGUGCAAAUUCAGGCUGCUUUCUCUAUGCAAUAUGCUCCACAGGAGUAUGGAGGUCAUCUUGAGCUAGGAUUUGGUCCGCCACCUGUGAUCUGUGGCAAGAAUCCUUACGGGGGUCAAUAUUAUGGCGUUCUCUCUGGUUUUGGACCUCAAAGCACAGGCCGGGUUAUGCUGCCUUUGAACUUGAGCAGUGAUGAUGGACCUAUAUACGUGAAUGCAAAGCAGUAUCACGGAAUAAUCAGGCGCCGGCGAUCCCGAGCCAAGGCAGAAAUGGCAAAAAAAGUUUCGAAGAGUCGUAAGCCAUUUCUGCACCUGUCACGCCAUCUCCAUGCAAAGCGCCGGCCAAGAGGUUGUGGAGGCCGCUUCCUGAACACAAAAGAAAUGGACAAGGGUAAAUCUGGAAAUCCGGAUUCAAAGACCGAGCAUCCAACCGGGUCCCAGAGAUCCGAGGUUCUGCAGUGUGAUCUCGGCAACUCGACCUCCCCUCACGAAACAAACGCUGGUAGGUCCCACAUAUCGGGAUCGGAGGUAACAAGCAUGUUCUCCAUGGGAGACCUCAAUCACUUCCCCAUCGGGAAUCUCUCGGUCGUUUCUCUUUCAGACAUGAUGAUGUCUGGAAACGGCAUUCAUGCCUUUGGCAUGCAUAACAAAUGGGCUGCAGCAACUACCGGUGGUGGUAACUGCUGCAACCUGGCAGUCUAAUGGCACAUGGGGUCUUGAUGUGUCGAUCUGAUCGACACAUCAAACUCCAGUCAUUGAUGGUCAAAUGGAACGGAUGCUCUCCUCUGUUUGGCUAGGCAAAUCAUCCUUGGCUUAAUGCGUUAAGGUUGUGUCUCUAAACUUAAUUCCCCCUGCAAAUAUUGCAGAGUUUGGGAGUUGUUUAGAGAUGCUAAUAUAGCCUUGAUGCAUAUGAUGGAGAUGGACAAAUAUACCCCUUCCGGAUGUGUUUUGUUUCAUCUCAUCUUACGUUUGUUGUUUGAAAUAAGUGUGUGUUUCUAUGUGUGUUUUUUCUUCCAAGCAUUUGGGAAUUGCUUUUGUACUAUGGUUUUGAUCACACAUUUGUUGUUAUUGUGAAAUACCCUUGGGGUAGUCUUGUAAA